GAAGGGGGUGGAGAAGUGUGUGCUGCAUGACUGUCCCGUCUGCACCCGUUCAACUUCACAGUACACCGGGACGCGACUGGGAACCGUACCAGCGAACAAUAGCGCCAGCCACUUCCCAACCUUUGGAUUAAACCAGUUUAUCAGAGCCCCAGAGUGGUUGGGUCUGAUUCCCGUCCAUCCAGUGACAGCGGUCUCAUCGUGGCCAUUGAUUGAAUCAUUAUGGGACAAUAGCACUGGACUUCAAAGCUCCCCCCCCCAACCCUCCACUCUCUUCCUCUAUCCCCGCCUCCAGCAUUUUUCUGACUCUUCACUGAAGCCCUCCCACUUACAGAGAUACAGUCACCCACACAUGUCCGACAUCGCGACCCCCUCCCCCUGAUUCUCCCGCCGGUCGGCGGUUGGAAGCUGUGUAAUCCUCUCAGAUGUACAGUGUCUGCACGGCUGCGUGCGCUGCUUUUUGUCAUGGCUCCGGCUGCUGCUGCUGUUGUUGUGGAGGCCUCCCUCAGGAGAGGACAUGAGGGAGAACAGAAAGCUUCAUAGCGCUCACAGGAGGAGACAGAGUGAGAGCGAUUCAUUGACCUCAGGAGAGUUUUGCUGUGAAACAAAUGGAACUGAUUUGCGGGUGAAGCUGCACGAUGUGGGAUUGGCACCAUCACCCUGCACCUAUAAAAAAAUUGGACCCUCAACUUCGGAGAUAUUUGCCACCUGCUUAUUCUCAACAAGGAAUGCAGUGAGAUAGAAGAAAGUAGAGUAAAAUAUACUUUUCAUUUUUGGAGGAUUCGUUUCAACCCCGUCACUGGUGGUUUCUUAAUAAACAAAACACCAUAAGUGCCUUUUUUGCUACUUAGCUCUUCUUUUUUGUAUCUUUUUUCCCCAUCUCUCUUUUGUCAGAUCAAGUUCAGAGGUAGUCACAGCUGACAAUCAUUAUCUGCAUGAUUUGUCUUUCCAUUUAAGAGUUUACAAAGCCACAGGAUCAAGACUUUGGAAAACAUGGCCCUCAAGUUACAGUCCAAGUGGCGCUACAUUUUUAUGUUCCUGGGCAUCCAGCUCGUGGUCAUGGCGCUGCUGUCCCGCGAAGGCUACCAAAAGAGGAUCACCUACUUCAUGCACAUCCUCCGCAAGUCUGACACUUCAAGCUCCUCAAGCCGGAAUCACACAGCUGCCAGCCUGCCUGCCAAGCACGUGCACGCCAACCUGACCCAUCUGUCAAAAGUUCAGCACAACGCCAUACCAAUGUGCCCUAAGACCUCGCCCCUGUUAGAUGGACCGAUCCACGUCAGUUUUCCAUCAAGACUCACUCUGGCUGAGGUGCAGAGGAAGAAUCCUCAGGUGGUACGCGGCGGUCGCUACCGACCCCCUGACUGUGAGGCCAGACACCGGACCGCCAUCAUCGUGCCACACAGACACAGAGAACACCACUUGAAGUUUCUGCUUAACUAUCUGCACCCGUUCCUGCAGCGGCAGCAGCUCAACUAUGGCAUUUACAUCAUUCAUCAGGCUGGAAACUACACGUUCAACAGAGCGAAGCUGAUGAAUGUCGGCUUCCGGGAGGCAAUGAAGGAGGAAGACUGGGAUUGUCUGUUCUUUCAUGACGUGGAUCUUAUCCCCGAGGACGAUCGCAAUCUGUACGUCUGCGACUCCAAUCCAAAACAUGCGGCCGUCGCCAUGGACAAAUUCGGCUACAAGCUUCCAUACAAGAUGUACUUCGGAGGCGUUUCAGCACUGACACCGCUGCACUACCUUAAAAUGAACGGCUUCCCCAACAACUACUGGGGCUGGGGUGGUGAGGAUGAUGACAUUGGAGUCAGGGUGUCCCUGGCAGGCAUGUACAUCACCCGGCCCUCGCUGAAAGUGGGGCGCUACAAGAUGAUCAAACACAAGCUGGACAAGGGCAACGACGAAAACCCAAAGAGGUUCAACAUGCUGGCUAAGACCCGUCAGACCUGGAAGCUGGACGGGAUGAACACAGCAGUUUAUGAAGUCAUCUCCCGGGAAUACCUGCCUCUCUACACGAAUAUCACUGUCAACAUCGGGACAGAGCAGGGGCUUCAUCCUCCGACGCCGCUGCCCCGGAAGAACAAACCUGCUGCCGUCCAGAAAGCUCCAUCCAAGAAGCUCACUUCAGAGAAGAAGUCAGCCUGAAGAGUAGAACAUACUUCCCCCUCCCUAAUCCCCCCGGAGACGGUUUGUUUUUGAGAGGCCCCGCCCCCUGAAACUGCCCCGGCGAUGGCCGUCCACCCGUCCUUCCUGGUUGUUCUUCCAAGAGAUUCAGAGCAAAGGUUUCAAGUUGGACUCUGUGAGUUUGUAUAUCAACAGCGUGUGCUCGCUGGUAUAAGCCUUGUGAUGCCUUAGAAACGAUUUUUAUUUUUUAUUUCUUUUUUUUUCCCACUCGUACCUUACUUAGAAUAUCAGGUUCAUGUUGGGACAAGGACUUUUCCGCGUGUCAAACGUGCGUGCUGCUACAGUGAAAUGAAGGACGCCUCGUGACGCCUUGGUUUUCAUCAGAAAUCUUUUUCCUUCUCCUACUUCCUGCAUAAUCUCAAUAGCUGUGACAAGUGAAUUAUAGUUUUAGGAGGGAUUUGAAGCCGCUUCGUGGAUCAUGUUAGUCGAGUGCAGUACAUUACAUCAUUCAUCGCAUCCAUAUCGCCUUUUCCAGAUCACCUGGAGGAAUGGUCUGGAAUGCUUGUGUGGACUUGCAGUUACAGUCCCAGCAUUUAAGAGCAGUGGCAUUCUGAGGGGCGUGCGACGCUUGUUGCGGCUUCCUUCAGCAAUAUUUGCGGAUUCCGGCUUCACAGUUGCCUUUUCUCCACACGCACCGCACCACUUUUGCUUAUUCAGAUCCCAACGGAGCCUGUGGCGCAGGAGCAUGCUUUUAUGCUUUGUUUGACGGAGGUUUGCCUCGGCAGAUGUGCGAGUCAGACAAGGCCACCUUGUUUCUCCUGCUGUCCUUCGUCUGCAUGCUCAUCCUCCAGUCUUGACACUUUUGAUUGUUUACACGAUACGAAGGACUUACAUGUUACACGCAGAGCGUUGCUGCACUUGCAGGUUAACCAGGCUGAAACCAAAGAUGACAGCACACACACACACUAGUGUGCGAGUGUGUAUUCAUGCUGCAGAAUGGCUCACUUUAAGUUACAUUGUGUGCUCCUUUCUUUUCUUGUCAAGUUGUUUUCCCUGCUACAAGGCCUUAAGAUGCACUCACCAUUAAACCACUGUUCCCAUACAAUCAUUAAUAUGCAUGUUCCAGGGCGACGGUGCACUUAGUGAAGGUUGUGCAUAUCAUUAUGAAGCAUGAUACAGUGUCUUCGUCGCUGUCUUAUCGAGAUUGUGUAUGACGGUCUUCGUCGCCACUCUGUAGUAAUGAUCAUAGAGGCGCUAUUGAGCAAAUUGUUCACACAAAUAUUUUCUGUUUGAAGGUGGUGGAAGUUCUAUUUUUUGGUUUUGUUUCUUUGGUGUGAUCCUGUGACAGCGGCUGUUAACAGGGUGAGAAGUGUGAAUCCUGUUAUUGCUGUGUUGAUAUGAGCACAGUUCAGAGUGGCCUUAAAUUCAUUAAUAAACUGGUUCUUCAAGUGAAAACUUUUGGUUUUUAUUGU